UGGACAAGAGAGAAAGCCUAUUUAGCAAAUACUUCUAGUAAAAGAUACUAAUCGAGUGUUACUAUCCAUCGAUCAGACUAGUUCCGGAGAUCAGCGCGCGCGUUUCGUUCUAUCAGCGGUGAGUGUUCCUCGGAAUGGUAAAUGAUCGAUCGCGAAGGGGUCCAGAUUCCUUCUUUUGGGUUGUGACUCUAGUAGUUCUAUUAAGCCACUAGGAAGCAGAUAACCAAUCGUGCGCGUGUGUUGAAGGUAACGGUGUCAAAUUCCGAAAUGUAGACCAUUCCUCAAAAAUUGAUAAGAAUACGAUUAGAUUGCGAAGUAUUCAAUUCUCUAGGUGUGUCAGUUCGAAUUUCUACAUAAACUGCGGAAGGUUCAAUGUUUGCACAGAUCUUCGAAAGGAAGUGAAGACUCACUGCGUAGCAGUGAUGACGAUUAACGGUCAUAAAACAGACGAAUUGAAACACACAUGGUGGUAAAAAUAGUCAACAAGUGUCAUCCCCAUAAGUGAAAAAACGUCACAUAAUCGGCAAAUAAACGCCCCAGUCUGCAGAAAAGAAUACAAGAGUGGCAAUACUCGACGCGGCUAGAUAGAUUACCGACCCAUUAUAACAUGAAAGAAUGAAUAUCGUGAGACUGUGUGAAAGAGUGGAAAAACUCAAGAGUUGUGAUACAAAUCAUAUGAUAGCGAUAUUAGCGCUAAUUAAUAGCUCUCUAGGUGAUCGUAAAUUAAGUGCGCAUGGUGCGGCAGUAUCUUUUGUGUAAUUCUAUGCAGUUUGACCGAUUGUUCUUUCAUCUACAAAUGGUGAAUAGUGUCGAACUAACGAUGAUCAGUGAUUCCUGGAUUAAUUGAGAUUUUUCCGUGACAAGUGCUUCGAUUGUUUUCGUGAUCAGUAGUUAAUUAUCAUCCGAUUAUCGAGAACUAACUACCGUAGUGUGACGACACAUUGUAUAAAUCAUCUAAUUAGUCACGAAUCGGCCAGGUUUUCGUUGUACUAGCCCAAAUACAUGGAUUGCAGUCGAACGGUCAGCCGAUAGGACCGGUUUCUUAUCUCGUGAAGAUGUAUAUUCAAUCAUAAUCAUCUCACAGAUAGGAUAAAGAUGACUGCUGCCGUUGACGGUUCGCUUGAUAUUACCUAACACACCAAAAGCUACUGUGAUAGAACGUUCGUUUUCUGCUCCCUUUUCGUAUCCUAAGAGUAUAUGUGAUCCACGAUCCAUUAUGGAGCACCCACAAGAUCAGCAGAAUCAGCUGGAGACACAAUCGCUAAAUCCGAUUCCAAACAGGAGGGCUAUCACCGAUUUGCACUUCAAUGCGAUCAACACCAACUACAAUAAAAAUCAUAACAAAGCUACCAACAACAACGUGGUGGUGCAAAAUGACGACUCGAAAAUUUUGCUGCUUCCGUCAAAUCAUCGCAAAUUUAUCAUUGUACCCGCGCAACCGAAUAGUGCGUUCGGUAGUGGGAGUAGCCCAAAUGCAGUUGGGUCCACCUCUCCCAACACUCUUAGUCAUACCAAUAAUAAUAAUUCCGCAAGUUGUCCUACUAGUCCGAAUAAUGCCAGUACGCCAGCAUCCAAUCAGGCGGUAGCUAAAUUUGAAAUUGGGGAGAGCUCUUCUAGUGGACCAAGCUCAGUGUUGAGUCCAGCAUUUCCACUGUCCGCGGGUUCCAAGCAAAAGCAAUUCCAUAGUUUGAGAUCGGUACGCUCUGGUCACGAUCGCCAAGCAAUUGCCGACGCACAUACGAAUUCACCAUUUGCACGAACUGGUUCGUACAUUUUCAGUGAAUCCGGAGGAACCCCGCGGUUGUUCUCCGAUGCGACUUCAAUACGAUCGCUUGCCUCGAUUGGUGUCGGUUCGACGGAUGGCCGCCGGAUGGUUAUCCGGCGAGUGCCAAACUCACCCACCGAACUGCUAACCAUCAUCAAUCCCCCAACACCUCCAGAAGAACCAUACGAUAAUGAAAGCUACGCGGGCGUUUCGGAUGAUUCUGAACUCGACAAUCUGAAGCCGAGAAAGCAACACUGGGCUAGCAAGAUGCAGUUCGUGCUGGCCUGUAUAGGAUACUCGGUGGGGUUGGGAAAUGUGUGGCGGUUUCCGUAUCUGUGCUACAAAAGCGGAGGAGGCGUAUUUCUGGUACCGUAUUACAUAAUUCUACUAAUCUGUGGCAUUCCCAUGUUGUUUAUGGAGCUGGCAGUCGGACAGUACACCGGUAGAGGACCGAUCGGAGCACUGGGGCAGUUAUGUCCAUUAUUCAAAGGAACUGGCCUAGCCAGUGUGGUUGUUUCUUUUCUCAUGUCGACGUACUACAGCGUAAUCAUCGCGUACGCUAUCUAUUACUUCUUUACAUCCUUCCGGCCGGAUCUGCCAUGGACGGACUGUUCGCACCGGUGGAACACACCUGACUGUUGGAUUCCAGAGCGAAUGAAGUAUAACAUCAGCCGGCCGGAAUUAUCCCGAACACCAACGGAGGAGUUCUUUGAAAACAAAGUUCUUCAAAUCAGUCAUGGCAUUGAAUAUCCGGGCGGCAUGCGAUGGGAACUAGUGGCAUGUCUGAUCUGUGCCUGGAUUCUAGUCUACUUUGCCAUAUGGAAAUCGAUCAAAUCAUCGGCGAAAGUUCGUUAUUUGACAGCGACUUUACCAUUUGUGUUAAUAAUAGUAUUCCUGGGUAGAGCUUUGACACUGGAAGGAGCUGAUAAAGGAUUGCAAUAUUUUUUCCGACCGAACUGGGAAGAGUUGAAAAGGGCGAAUGUGUGGAUUAACGCAGCAGCGCAGAAUUUCAACUCGAUUGGUAUCGCGUUUGGCUCGAUGAUUUCCUUUGCCAGUUACAAUAAAUACAAUAAUAAUAUAUUACACGACACGCUGGCCGUGUCGUUUGUAAACGGAAUCACUAGCCUAUUGGUAGGAAUAUUCGCAUUCGCAACGAUAGGAAACAUCGCGAUGGAACAGAACACAACCGUUGAGGACGUAAUAAGCGGUGGUCCUGGAUUGAUUUUUGUGGUAUAUCCACAAGCCUUGGCCAAGAUGCCCGCGGCUCAAUUGUGGGCGGUUCUGUUCUUUUUCAUGCUACUUUGUUUAGGACUCAACAGUCAGUUUGCCAUAGUGGAAGUAGUGGUGACAUCAAUUCAAGAUGGAUUUCCUCGAUGGAUAAAACGAAAGUUGGUUUACCACGAGCUACUAGUGUUAAUUGUGUGCGCUGUAUCUUUUUUCGCUGGUUUGCCAAAUCUGAUACAGGGUGGAAUCUACUUCUUCCAAUUAAUCGAUCAUUACGCUGCAUCGAUAUCGAUCAUGUUUCUAGCAUUUUUCGAAACUAUCGCCAUUGCUUGGUUCUACGGCAUCAAUCGAUUAUCGAAGAACGUGAAGCAAAUGACCGGAAAGUAUCCUUCAUUUUACUUGCGAUUCUGUUUAUUGAUAGCAGUACCAUCCCUAUUAAUCUCACUGUGGAUCUUCAGUUUGAUUAACUAUGAAGCUCCUACUUACCACAACGGUAAGUACAUCUACCCUGGUUGGGCUCACGGGUUAGGAUGGGCCAUCACUGCAGCCUCACUGAUUUGCAUUCCAGCGUUUGCAAUAUAUCAAAUAGCACGAGCUGAAGGAGAUACUUUGGGACAGAAAAUUAUGAACACCCUGAAACCUAAUCUGUAUGAGUGCAAGAUCUGUGGUGAGCACCACUGCGAUCACGAUUUUCCGGACGACAGUUACGGUCAAGAGAUGGCGUUAGUUGACUCCACGUCCGGGGCUCCACUGAUUCUCCAAACACCGCUUUCGGUCAAUGGAACCUACAUGCAGACCAGAGAGCAUACGGAAAAUCACAACUCCAAUCAAGAAGCAACUGAUGACGGCCACCAGCAAGAAUCAGAAAGACGAUAGACAAUUCGUGACGAUUCUAGGGAAAAAUAACGUUAUAUUAACUGAUAAAAUCUCCACAUCUAGCCAAAUGGUUUGAAGUUCUUCAAUACUUGCGCCAAGCAUCGUAGUCGAACAAAUACAAAUAUAAAAGACAUCAAGAUAGCUUUAUCACGUUACCAAGAACCAAGCAUAUAUUCUUCUAGGCUGUACUGUAUAUGUAUAUUAUUUUAGAUGAAUUCGUUGUGAUGAAAAGUAGGAUCAACAUUUACAAAUUUUUAUGAUGUGAAUUGUUCACUGCGCGAAAUCGAACCAAUAAAAAUUUCACUUCAUAAAAGUAAAAGAAGAAAAACUUUCAAAAAAGGAUGAAGAUGUAUAUUUUUGGCUAAUAUUAAAUUUUCCGCUGAAAAA